AUGUCCGGUUUUCGCUCCAUGAUCGAGGAUUUUGGCCUCGAGGCCUGUCCUCCCAUUUCCAAGGGUCGCUGCGGCUUUAAGCCCGCCCCCAUUGGAUCUAUGGGAUCUCCUAGUUUCACUAUCUAUGAAGAUAGCUCCGACGAGUCUAUCUAUCAAGUUCCUUCCAUUUAUUCAGACUCUGACAGUGAGAACUGCCCUCCAACCCCUUGCCCGAAGAGCAAGAGGGUCUCAGCGCCCGGAUUUCUGGAUGAUUUUGUCAAAAAUGGCUUCAAGGUCAAUGAAGACCGGCCCAUGACUCCAAUCCCAGUCCCGGCCGAAGUCAACAAGACGAGUAUCGAAAAGGUUGAGCAAUACCUCGCCUCCAUGAAUGCAGCUGAUCACUUUACUUCUGAUUUGGAUUUUUUUGAUUUUCAUGAUACCGGUGUUCUCAUGCGUAACAUUGGAACUCCAAAUUCGGAUUUGAUGGACUUUACUUCUCCUCUUGAAGUAAACACUGUUUAUAUCGAUAACGCGACGCGCGGACAGUGGAAAUCUCCUAUUUGGUAUAGCGGAUCUGCAUUCUAUGGCUCUGACGAGUUUGGUCCGACGAACACCUAUGAUCCUGUCUAUGAGGAAUUUGCUGCGAUGAGCGUUGGAAAUGGACAUGUGCCGCGGAGACCGUUUGGUAAUUCCAAUACUUUUGCUGAAAAGGCCCGCUUGGCUCAUCUUGCGGCCCAAAAUAAUUCUGCUGGCCAUAGCAUCGGGAUUCCCGGCUGCACCGUCGUAUCUGCUCCACUUCUGUCUUCGGGUUGCGAGGCGUGCGACAAUGGUCAACGCGCUGCCCUUGGUCUUGCUCCCCAAGUUGAUGAUACUUCUGCCCCUUCUUCUGACUUUCCCCAGAUUUCUGGUUUCCCUUCGUUGCCCACUCCCCCCACUCAUGGUGGAUGGACCACUCUUGAGGAGGAAACUUCCCAGUUGACUAAGCCUAAGCAUUCGCGUUUCUUUUCUUCCGAUACUGAUACUUCUUCUAUCCUUGCCACUUCUGAUCCUGCUGAUUUUCGUUCUCCCCCCAUCGCAAAUUUUCCUUUUGCUGGUUUUUCAGUGAAUUGGGAACCGUCUCCGGCCGAAGUGUUGCAGGUGAAGAUGCAAGAACAUAAUAUCCGAGCCGAGGAUGAGGUUCGCGAUGAAAUUUACUCUUAUGAGUGGGACGAGGAUCGCGAAAUGCUGGUUGGUCCUAUUCUUGUUCGCUCGCAGGCUCCCGCUUCGAUUUGAGUUGUGAGCGCUGAAGACUAAUAACUUUUUUUCUUUUUUUUUCUCUUUCCACUUGAAGCUUUUCUGUAUGACUUAGAUUUUUCUUUUCUGUUUUCUUUGUUUUUUUUUAUUCUUUGUAUGUGUUAUUCCCUACCAUAACUGUUUUUCGCCCCCUCUUGUCGCAGGGGCAGCGCCCAGAAUAAGGGACCGCUUUUUUUUUUUGUAUUGUUAGCUUAGAAAAUACCCCCGGAGCCCCUGAUGGCCGUUGCAUUAGUUACCUUUGGUACUUUUAGACAAUAGACGGAAAGUAUAUAUCCAUUUUACCUGCCG